AUGACGGUAUGCACCACACUUGGAGCAGUGAUUCUCACCCCUCUUUUGACCAAGAUUCUGGCAGGAACUUAUGUUCCUGUGGAUGCUGUGAAAAUCUCCAUCAGCACCAUGCAGGUUGUUGUCGCUCCAAUUCUGCUAGGAUCAUAUAUGCAGAGCGCCUUUCCUGAAGCUGUAAAAGUGGGGAUGCCUAUUGCACCAUUACUGGCUGUUUUAGCUGCAUCACUGCUUGCUAGCACGUAUCUAUCUGCAGCUUUGGUCAGAUUCAAGAAGCCACAACAACGUGCAAUAUCUGUUGAAGUUGGCAUGCAAAAUUCCUCCCUGGGAGUGGUUUUAUCAAGCUCUUAUUUCACCUCACCCAUGGUGGCAUUACCUCCGGCAGUGUCAGCCGUAAUUAUGAAUAUCAUGGGUGGCAGUUUAGGUUUCAUUUGGAGAUACAUUGAUCCUUCUGAUCCAAAGGACAGUUUCGAAGUUGCCAAAGGUUCGAUACAGUCUGAUUUACACUUGGAUGGAGUGGCAGGAGUUGGGGUGGCAGUUUCAAAAAAUGACAGACAAAACAUUGUCCCCAAUAUUUUAUCCCAGGCUGCAUUCUCAACUGGCUCUGAUUAUCACUUAUCUGAGGCAAAGGCCAUUAUGCUUCUGGCAGGUGAAACUUCUGUAUCAGCUACAGUUGUGAAAAAUGCAUCAAAUAUUUCACAGAAAUCACCAGCUUGCAAGUUACAACCAAAUCUUCCAAUUGCUACAAAGCGUUCUCUGGAGCCUUUUUUUCAACAAACGACGAGACAGGUUAAUGAAUAG